AUGUUCAUUGUCAUUUCCCUCUUGCUGCUUCUGAACAUUCCAAUCUACAUGGCCACUUUUAUGCAUCCCAGGUGCUUUUGGAAAAUGAAGCAGAGUGAAGACAAGGAUGGUGACUUGACGAAAAGUUGUGCCUUCUCACCCAGAGAAGUUCAAUGGCAAGUGGAUAAAGAGUAUUUCAAACAAUUUUUGAAUAUACAAACACCAACUGAGAACUACAAGUUUGGACUGGCCUUGGCAUUUACCCUGGAUGAAGUAAACAGGAACCCUGAUAUAUUACCAAACAAAUCUUUAGUAUAUGAUUAUGAUGAAAACGAUUGUUUGACUGUGUCUCAAUUUUACAGUCUCAGUCGAAUUUUGGGACAAGACCCUGGUUUUUUCCCUAAUUAUUACUGUGGGGAAGAUAUCAUGUGCCGUGUGAUGCUUACAGGACCAAAUUGGGAAGCAGCUGCAAUACUUAUGACAUUCUUAGACCUCUGGAAAUUCCAAAAGGUGAUUCAAUUUACCUACGGAUCCUUCCAUCCAAUCCUAAAUGAUCAUGAAAAGUUUCCCUAUCUGUAUCAAAUGGCCCCCAAGCACACAUCUCUAGCCUUGGCCAUGGUCUCUGUCAUGCUUCACUUCAGCUGGAACUGGGUUGGACUGGUCAUCUCUGACAGUGAUCUUGGCAUUCAAUUUCUCUCAUAUUUAAGAAGAGAGUUUGGAAAAAAUACAGUCUGCUUUGCCUUUGUAAAUAUAAUUCCAAUCAGUAUGCAAUUAUACAUGUCAAGAGCUGAACUGUAUUAUAACAAAAUCAAGGCAUCAUCCACAAAAGUUGUUAUCAUUUAUGGUGACACAGACAGUACUCUUGCUGUGAGCUUUCGAAUGUGGGAAUCCCGAGGUUUACAGAGAAUAUGGGUCAUCACCUCACAGUGGGAUGUGACUACAAGUAAAAGAGACUUCAUGCUUGACUCAUCACACAUGAUUCUAGCUUUUGCACACCAUCAUGGUGAUAUUACUGGUUUUAAAAAUUUUGUCCAGACAAUAAACCCUCUCAGGUACACAGAUAAAUACCUUGCAAGGUUGGAAUGGAUGAAUUUUAACUGUGAAGUCUCCAGAACCAACUGUAAGACACUGAAGAGAUACUCAUCAAAUAUCUCCAUGGAUUGGCUAGUGGUACGGACUUUUGACAUGGCCUUUAGUGAUGGCAGUUAUGACAUAUACAAUGCUGUGUAUGCGCUGGCCCAUGCACUGCAUGAGAUGGAUCUUCAACAAGUAGAUAAUCCAGCAAUAGACAAUGGGAAAGGACGUGGUUCUAAUUGCUUGAAGCUGAAUGCAUUUCUGAAGAAGACCCAAUUCACAAACCCUCUUGGGGACAGAGUGAAUAUCAACCAGAAAGAGGACCUUCAGGAAGAGUACGACAUUUUUCUGAUUUGGAAUUUCCCACAUGAUCUGAGAGUUAAGGAGAAGAUAGGAAAGUAUAGCCCAUAUUUUCCACAAGGUCAGCAGUUCCAUGUGUUUGAAGAAAUGGUAGAAUUUUCCAAAGGAAAUACACAGAUGCCACGCUCUGUGUGUAGUGCUAAUUGUGUUCCUGGCUUCAGAAAAUUCUGGCAGGAUGGAAUGGCAGUCUGCUGUUUUAAAUGCAGGCCCUGCCCAGAGAAUGAAAUCUCCAAUAAAACAAAUGUGGAUCAGUGUGUGAAGUGCCCAGAUGACCAGUAUGCAAACACAGAGCAGAAAGAGUGUAUGCACAAAGCAGUGAUAUUUCUGUCCUAUGAAGACCCUUUGGGGAUGGCUCUUGCCUUAAUGGCCUUGUGCUUCUCUGCAUUCACAGCUCUCAUUCUUGGAGUCUUUGUCAAGCAUCAUGACACUCCCGUUGUGAAGGCCAAUAACCGGAAGCUAAGUUACAUCUUGCUCAUCUCACUCUUCUUUUGUUUCCUCUGCCCCCUGCUCUUCAUUGGCCGUCCAAACUCAGCUACAUGCAUCUUGCGGCAAAUCAUAUUUGGAGUCAUAUUCACUGUGGCUAUUUCCACUGUGUUGGCCAAAACAGUUACUGUGCUUCUGGCUUUCAAAGUCACAGCCCCUGGAAGAAGAAUGAGAUACUUCCUGGUUUCAGGAGGCCCUAACUACAUCAUUCCCAUCUGUACUCUCAUCCAAGUUAUUAUCAGUUCAGUCUGGUUAGGAGUUUCUCCUCCCUCUGUUAGUGUUGAUGCUCACUCUGAGCAUGGCCACAUCAUCAUUGUCUGCAGCAAGGGUUCAGUCACUGCCUUCUACUGUGUCCUAGGAUACCUGGGCUGCCUGGCUCAGGUGAGCUUCACUGUGGCUUUCUUGUCCAGGAAUCUGCCUAACACAUUCAAUGAAGCCAAGUUGUUGACAUUCAGCAUGCUGUUGUUCUGCUGUGUAUGGAUUACCUUCCUCCCUGUGUACCAUAGCACCAAGGGUAAGGUCAUGGUAGCUGUGGAAAUUCUCUCCAUCUUGGCUUCCAGUGCUGGGAUGCUGGGAUGCAUCUUUGUUCCCAAGUGCUACAUAAUUUUUGUAAGACCAGAAAGGCAAAGGACAGUGAAAAUAAGACAAAAUGACAGCCUGCAGAAUGGUAAAACACCUUCACCAUUCCAUCUGAGAAUGGACUGAUGUCCUAAAUAUACAAAACACAAGAAACUAGACAUAAAAAUCCAAUAUAUCUAAGAUAAUUUGGAAUCAAUCAAUCUCAAGACCCAAUUAUACCCCUCUUGCACAUAUACCCAAAUGAUGCCUGAUUAUACCACAAAGAUACUUGCUCAACAAUUUUCAUAGCAGCAUUAUUCAUAAUUGCCAGAACUUGGAAACUACCAAGAUGGCUCUCAAUUGAAGACAGCAUGAACAAAAUGUGGGACACUUAAACAAUGUAGUACUACUCAGCUGUAAAAAAAAAAGAUAACCCCAUGAAAUUUUCAGAUAAAUGGAUGGAACUA